AUGUCGCAGGACUUUAUGAACGCUCUGCGACUCGGAGACCUAACGCAGCAGGAAGAGCCGCAGCUGUCGGUCCGUCUACGAGGCAGUCGAGUGGAGCUGGCGUCGGCCUCGGAGGAGCAAGAGGUGGACUUUCUAGGGCCUGCAGAGAACAUCAAGAGGCUGUUCAAGCUGCCAUACUCGCAGUCCAGAGUGUCGCUCGCCGUCCAUAGAGUCGGCAGCACGCUAGUCGUGGACGGCGAGCUGGACGAGAACGAUUUACCCGAUGGGUUCGAAGAUCUGCCACAAGAUACACUGCAGUUGGCACAGCAGUCAGAGGAGACGACGCAGAGGUUGCUGUAUGAGAAGUUUAUAUACGAGAGCACCGUGAACCAACUGCCACCGUCCGAGACGGAGAGAACAGUCACGGAAGAAGGGCAGCAGGGACCAAGUGGCAAGAGUAAGGCGAAAAAACACAAAAAGUCCAAGAAAUCGAAGAAAACCAAGCGGAAAAACGACAAAGUGGAGUUGCUGUCGGCCGCGGAGCCACACGAAGGAGACAAAGUGGCCGCCACAGUGCAAUCGCCGUCGAUUUUUGGGUUUUCAGCAGGUGAUGAACCUCCAACCGACUGUCCACCACCAAGCAGCCAGAAUGCGUCGCCGCCCUCGUUUAUCCCGACCGAGACGAACUGGUUCACGUCCGCUCCACCCUCUCCAGCGUUUGGAGGCGACUCGCAGACGUUCCAGCGGAUCUUGAAGUGGAAAUUCAACGACCUCAAGAUGAUUCUCGGCAGUCAAGUGCUUUUGUUCAGCAACCAGGAACACCCUGCAGUCUCCUUGAAGCUCCACGAUAUGGACGAGGAGCUGUCGCUCUGCACUGUGCUGGACUACUAUCUGGACAAUGUCAUCGCAAAUAUCCCAGAGCUGGCGAUCUGCAUGCAUUCCAAGGGCCUCGUCCGUGGCUACAAGCUCGUGGAGACGCGGCAGAUCCCGUACAUGUCUGGGACUGGUCGUGCGCUCUUUGACGUGCAAGACGUGAGUAUGAAUGCGUCGAUGCUGCUCAAGUUCCUCCAGGAAAACUGCUCCAGACCCAACGGCACAUACUGGCUGCAUCGAAAAGAAGGCGAGAGCUCCUUGCGGCUCUACGACGUGGACGUCUUGUCGCAAGGUAGUCAACUCAAGUGGAAGUACAUGAUGGCCAUGCUCUGCUAUCGGUUUGCCGCUAGAGCUUCGAGACUCGCCAACUCGUUGGCAGCAGGAACGCCACAACUGCAGCAGCAACUUCAGCAACGACAGCGAGAAUUACUACGCACGUGUAUGAGUUUACUGGGCGAGAUCGCGCAACGAGGAGGCGCUGCGCACAGCUCCAUCUGCUCGUCUGUGAGCGAGCAACUUGCGGACACGUAUCUUCGCGAGUGCAGCCACUUCCACUCGACCGAGUCGACGUCCGAAGACAGAGACGCGGCUAUUGGAUCGCUCGAGAAGGCAAAGCAGUACUUGCUCUCAAGCAUCAAGCUGUUUGAAGAGUGUAUCCCGAAAGACACCGGCCCCGCGCUGACGCAUAGUGACGAUGGACUUGAUCUCGACUUUGAGGCAGAUGAGGGGGAGAUGGGCAGCUUUAUGGACGAAGAACUGAACCGGCUACAGCUCAAAUUCAGCUCUGCGUGUCUUGAACUGGCGCAGCUGUACGCUGACAAUCGCAAGUGGACGGAUGCAGUGCGAUGUGCUGUUGAAGCCAGCCAGUUUCUAACGCUGAGCUGUAUCCCGGAGGGUGUACAGGCCGUCGAGUUGUCUUCACGAGAUCAGGACGAUGUAGUUGACGCUCUGCUGGAGAAAUUGGAUUUUGAUGGAGUUGGACGAGGAGGAUUCUCUCAGGACAAGAUCUCGAUAUGUGUCUCUGGCGCAGAAUUGCGGUGCUCGUUGCUGGGGCUGAUUGGAGACAUGGCUGCUCAGAGACCUGAAGGUGUUUAUGGCCGUCUAACAGUUCUCUACGAAAUUAUAUCGGGGGGUCUGAUGCUGUUGUCCUUCCUCGCCUACUUGCGUGCGCUAUCGCCACCUGUGCACUCGGAGCUUUAUUUCAUGAUGAUGAAGAAAUUGGGCAACGCAAGCAACGAACUGGGCAAAUAUUUCCUGGCUGCGAAGCAAGAUUACAAGGAAGCUUUCAGGUGGUUUGAGCGCGGCUGCAAGAUCUUUAGCGACAUCGAAGAUGGAGUGAACGUGGCUUUGCUGCGCGCCAACCUCGCCCAUCUCCACAAGAUUUUCGCUCAAGAUAAACCUGCGGACUCGAGAGCGGAACACUACCGAACGGCGAUUCAACUUUGCUCGGAUGCUCUGCAGCUGCUCAAGCAAAGCAAAGCAGACGUGGAUCUACACAAGAAGGUGAAGGGAGAGCUGGCUCUCACGUAUCUGGUGUGGGCAGAAGCCCUCAAGGUGUUCAACAAGGCACUGUCCUUCUACUCGGAACUUGGCGACCAGAAGCAAGUCGCGUCCACUCAUUACCAGAUUGCCUCCUUCUAUAGCCGCAUGAUCUCGAGCACGCUACGUGCUGAAAGGGAGAGCGCAGCUCCCGACAAGUCUGACGGACCUUCGUCAGCCUUGUCUAGUCGCAUGGAGAUCGCCAGACGACACUAUGAGAAGGCCUUACAUUACUUCGGCGCAGUCGAAGUGGGCAAAACCUUCGUGCUGAUUUAUCAAGAGCUGGCGGAUCUGCACAUCCUUGGCGGACAUGUGGAAGGCAUUGAACACGCCUUGUUGAUCCUGUUAAAUACGUACGAGGCCUUCAGUCACGCAGCAUCUACGGGCUCGAAGCUUGACGAGAAGGACAUGACUUCUCUAGCUUGUGACAUUGUGACGAAAGUUAAGGCUGUUUUGCACCAGCUCAUUCGACUGAGUUCGGGUGGACGCACUAGCGGUAACACUGCCACCACGAAGAACAAAAAGCUCGACAUGUUCAAGAAAAUGUACAAAGAGGUGAUCUACAAUGAUGGAUACAGCGCAGGAAGCAUUGUGCUGAUUUUGGGAACCCUGCGCGGGAUGUACGUAGUAUAGAGGAUACAUGAUUUACAGCCCGUCAACAGAAGGGGAUUGGUCUACAGUUUGCAAUCGUCGAAAGCGUUCAUGCUACGGUAGUAAAAUACUUAUAACCACACUUACGACGAUGCUCUUUAAAAUCGCACAGCCGGAUUCGUAGUACAA